CGAUGUCAUUCUGACGAGCAGCUGAGAUGUCCAAUGACAGCCAGGGAUCGGUGAAGGGGGAGGCGGCCAUGAUGUUGUCUCCCUCUGGCUCCGCUUCCUCUCAGGGACCGCCCCUCUCUCCAUCCACCACCUCCAAACCACCUGAGCUCCCAGAUGAACUGGUCCAGGCUGGAUGGUCUAAGUGCUGGUCUCGGAGGGAGAACCGGCCCUAUUAUUUCAACAGAUUCACCAAUCAGAGCCUGUGGGAGGUCCCAGUGCUGGGCCAGCAUGACGUCAUCUCUGAUCCUUUAGGUCUGAAUGCGGCUCCGGCAGAGGGCGGAGACAGUAACCUUGGUAAUGGUCAGAGGAAGAGGAGGAACUCUGAGGAGCAGGGGGCAGGGCCUAACAGCCUCAAACGAGCUAAGGUGGAGCCCACUACGCCCAUCUCUCCCAGCACCCCUGGGGUCAAACCGUGGAGCUCGGCCCCUGAGGACAAACAGGCCCCAUCAGCUACACCCACAACUCCAAGCCCCGCCCCUGCCCCAUACAGACCGGCUGUUAUCUACUGGGAUCUGGACAUUCAGACCAACGCUGUGAUCAGAGAGCACCCCCCGGCCAAUCACCUGCCCCCCCACCCUGAGAUAGAGCUGCAGAGAGCUCAGCUGGUCACAAAACUGAGGCAACACUACCAUGAGCUGUGUCACCAGAGAGAAGGUAUUGAUCCGCCCCGGGAGUCAUUCAACCGUUGGCUACUGGAGAGGAAAGUGAUUGACAAAGGUCAUGACCCCUUACUGCCGAGUGACUGUGACCCCGUCAUCUCCCCGUCCAUGUUCAGAGAGGUCAUGAAUGACAUUCCCAUCAGGUUGUCUCGUAUUAAGUACAAAGAGGAGGCCCGGAAGCUGCUCUUUAAAUACGCUGAAGCCGCCAAGAAGAUGAUUGAUUCCAGGAAUGCGAGUCCAGAGAGCAGGAAGGUGGUGAAGUGGAAUGCUGAAGACACCAUGAGCUGGCUGCGCCGAGAUCACUCCGCCAGCAAGGAGGACUACAUGGACCGACUGGAGCACCUGAGGCAACAGUGUGGUCCUCAUGUCGCUGCCGUCGCCAAAGACUCUGUGGAGGGAAUCUGUUCAAAGAUCUACCAGCUGUCUGCAGAGUACAGCCGCCGCCUGAGACAGACACACCUGAGCCUGCUGCAGGACCCUCCCAUAGAGGCGUGUGCGUCCCCCCAGCAGUCCCGGCUAGUCUACUGUUACCCGGUGCGUCUGGCGAUCCCCUCGCCCCCCCUCCCUCGAGUGGAGCUGCACUUUGAGAAUGAUGUGGCCUGUCUGCGCUUCAGAGGAGAGAUGGUCAAAGUCAACAGAGGUCACUUCAGCAAACUGGAGUUGUUGUACAGGUACAGCUGUAUAGACGAUCCUCGCUUUGAGAAGUUCCUGUCCAGAGUCUGGUGCCUCCUGAAGAGAUACCAGGAGAUGUUUGGCAGUGGUACCAAUGAGGGGACGGGCCUGCAGGGGGCGCUGCCGGUGACGGUGUUUGAAGCGUUGAACCGACAGUUUGGAGUUUCCUUUGAGUGUUUCGCCUCGCCACUCAACUGCUACUUCAAACAGUUCUGCUCCGCUUUCCCUGACAUCGACAGCUUCUUCGGGUCCAGAGGGCCGUUCCUGUCGUUCUCUCCAGUCAGCGGCUCGUUUGAAGCCAACCCUCCAUUCUGUGAAGAGCUGAUGGACACCAUGGUGACACACUUUGAGGAGCUGUUGGAUCAGUCCUCAGAGCCUCUGUCUUUCAUCGUCUUCGUCCCUGAGUGGCGUGACCCUGUGACGCCGGCCCUGACCCGCAUGGAGGGAAGUCGAUUCCUCCGUCACCAGCUUAGCGUCCCGGCCUAUGAACACGAGUAUCGGUCCGGGAGUCAGCACAUCUGCAAGAGAGAUGAGAUGUACUACCGGGCAGUACACGGCACCGCAGUACUCUUCCUUCAGAACGAUGCAGGUUUUGCGAAGUGGGCUCCGACUCCAGAACGUCUGGCUGAGCUGACGGCGGCAUACCGCCCUGCUUCCUCCCGCAUCUCCUCCCUGUCCUCUCCCGGCCCCGCCAACAUUGCUCCCGGAGACAGAGACUCCGCCCCCAAGGCCUCUGAUAGGAUGCAGAGUGGUGUGAUGUCACCAGAUGGCCAUGACAACAAUAACAACAACAACAGCAGCAGCAGCAGCAGCAGCAGCAGUAGCAGCAGCAGCAGCAGCAGCAGCAGUCCUCGAGACAAGAUGGCCACCGUGUAGACUGGAGGGGUUCAUAGUGUGGCCUCAGCCCCUCACCUGUUGGAAAGUUGUUUAAAGUUUCUGUGUUUCACAGCGUUAGUUUGUUCUGAUCAUUGUCUCGUCUGUUCAGGUUGUCCCUCACCAGCACCUGUAGCGCAUCUGCAGCUUCUCUCAACAUACAUACACUCAAUGCCGUUCUGUUUCUGCCGAGAGCGGGGGGUGUGGUCGGAGCGUCCCGCUGGAACCUGAUUUAAAUCUUUCUGUCAUGCGGGUGGCUUUCACUCACCCCUUCAAUCUGGUUUGUUCCCGCUCGCAUCGUGCUGUUCUCAUUGGUCGAAGCUCUGACAUCAUGGCGUCUGGAGCUUUUCUUUCACCUGCAGCGGAUUCACGUCCAGGUGUGGCUGCUGCUGUGGCUUAGCAACAAGCACCGGAGCCAAUAAGAAUACAGAGUUAAUCCGUGAGCAGCGACGUGUUGGAGCUCCAGCAAUAAAAACCUUUUCAUUCACCUGUGAUGUCAUCUGUGAUGUCACUGUUACUCUGGGUUACUGGAGGACUUUUGAUGGGUCCCCACACCGACUGGGCUUGGUGAUUGGUUGACAAGGCAGCUAUAGUUUCUAAUGGACUCGUCUUUCUUUAUUGAGUCGGACAGAAUCCAGCGGCAUCCUGCUUCAGGCCCCGCCUCCUCGGGACAGCCUGGCCAAUCAGUGCUCGUCCUACAGAGGAUGUACUUGCUUCAGUAAGGGUGCAUUGUGGUAAACUGAGUAUUGACCAGGCAGGAGGAGAAGGAGCAUCCACGGCGAGGUCAUAUUUACUGUUGGAUGGAGGCGGAGUCAGAACUGGGAUUCAGAUUCAGACUGGUCAGCGAGGACAGACGGCUGAAACAUGGACUUCCCCUUCCUGCCUCAUCAGAGGUCCCUUCGCUUCCUGUGCUUUCAUUAGGUUGAUCAGAGACGUCAGGGAGGUAACUAGAUGAGCCGGUGGAGAUGAUCCUCCAUCUCAGAGCUGCGUGAAUACAGUUGUGAAGUGUGAGGAGUUAUUUCAGGGUUCCUGCAGUAAAAUUCUGGUUCAUGUUCUGUGUGCACAGACAGAAUUCAAUUACACCGUACAACAUGUUCUACAAAAAAACUCUCAAAAUACAGUGACUUUUUUCUCAAAACAUUACGACUUUUUUCUGAUAAUAGUCCGUGUCAUGGUCCAGGAGACUUGUGCGUUUCUGUGUUAAUGAACAUUUAGUAAAUAAAUCUUUCAAAUGAGAAUUUAAAAUCUUUGACGAACCCAAGGCUCCUCACACUUUGUAAUCCGAUGAGCUGCAGCCAGUAGCUGGCUAACCGUUCUCUGAUUGGCUGAUGAGUCGUCCUAUCAGGCGUCUGUCGCCGUGUGAUAUCAGUUCCUGCCGCGGCGGCAGCGGCUUUGUAGAUAGUGUACAGUUCAACUGAUGUGAAGUCUGUUGAUGUUAUUUUCCUCAUCUGCUGUUAAAUUGAUUGGAAAAAAAACAAAUUAAAUUGUUUAACUGUU